AUGCCGUCUUCCUCCUCGUCACGCCGCCGUCGAGACGGGCGACGCGGCCGCCAUCCGCCGACGGCGCCGGUGCCGGCGGAGGGGACGAAGAACUGGGCGGAGCUGCCGCUGGACGCGAUCUCGGCCAUCCUCCACAAGCUCGACCACGUCGACAUCCUGAUGGGGCCCAGCCAGGUGUGCCGCUCCUGGCGCGGCGCCGCCCGCGACGAGCCCGAGCUGUGGCGCCGCAUCAACAUGCUAGGCCACGCCGACCUCGAGCACGAGCUCAACUUCCCCGGGAUGGCGCAGGCCGCCGUCCGCCGCAGCGCGGGGAGGUGCGAGGCGUUCUGGGGCGAGUACGCCUGCGACCACGACCUCCUCCUCUACCUCGCCGACCAGGCAUCAUCUCUCAAGAGUCUUCGCCUCAUUUCUUGUUAUAAUUUUGAGGAUGAAGGACUUCAAGAGGCAAUAGUGAAGUUCCCAUUGCUUGAGGAGCUUGAGCUUUCAUUAUGUGCAAAUGUGGGUGAGAGUGGUGUGUUUGGGGUUGUUGGCAGGGCAUGCCCACAACUGAAGCGCUUCAGACUGAGUAAGGACGUGUUCUAUGAUUUUGAAGCGAGUGGGUACGACAAAGACGAUGAAGCCCUGGGGAUUGCAACUAUGCAUGAGUUACGGUCUUUGCAGCUGUUUGGCAAUUGCCUCACCAAUAAAGGACUGACAGCUAUCCUGGACAAUUGCCGCCACCUGGAGUCCCUUGACAUUCGUCAUUGCUUCAACGUCAACAUGGAUGACGCCCUGCGCGCAAAGUGUGGCAGGAUAAGCAUAGUGAGGCUUCCCAAUGACUCAACUGAUGAUUAUGACUUCGAGGUGCAGGAGCCUGUCUGGGCGGAUUCAGGGUCCUUUUUGGGUGAUUAUAUGGGAUCUGGUUCUGACUAUGAGCUUGACUCGGAAGAUUACGAUGACUACUGCGAUCCUUCCCGCUACCUUGAUGGUGUGUACGAGGACGAGCUUAAUGAAGAAGACAGGAUGCUUCUCAGGGGCAUGCACAUGCUAAUGAAGUGA